AUCUAAUCUCCACAUCCGUGAAAAACCUUCUUCGCAUAAACCUUUUUCCUACCCCUCUCUUUGAACAUCAGUCUCCACAUUCCCCUACCCCCUCUCUCUCUUUCUGUUUAUCUCCAUAACAAACUUUCCUUCUCCCAUUUUCCUUUUCCCUUUCCUUCUUUUAUUACCAGAUCCUCUCUCUCAUCUAGGGUUUCCGGCUAUCCCUAAUUCCAAAACAAAUGUUUACGGAAUUUCUAUGACCCUCGCCAACCCCAUGCGUCGGAUCCGUCUCCUCCACUCCUUCUCCGUCGUCUUCCUCUACUGGUUCUACGUCUUCUCAUGAACUAACUCCCUCACAAUCCCCUAAUCCCUUCAAUUUUUCCCUCUUUUUUACAUUUCUCACCUCUAUAGCCAUUAAUUAGAUUUCCAAAACCCUAAUUCCCUAAUUUAGACAAAACCUUCAAAUUCCAAUUCGAUUCCGUUCAACAUGUCUUCGAUUCCGCGCCCUGCGAGUUCGGGAUCGUCGGAAGGCGGAGAUCCGGCGAUGGACGAGAGGAAGAGGAAGCGGAUGGAGUCGAACCGCCAAUCGGCGAGGAGAUCGCGGAUGAGGAAGCAGAAGCAGCUGGAAGACCUCACCGACGAAGCGAGCCGGUUGCAGGUCGCGAACGAGCGUAUGGUGCAGAGCAUAAAGGCGAAGGAGGAAGCGUACGUGGAGAUGGAAGCCGCCAACGACAUCCUCCGAGCUCAGACGACGGAGCUCGCGGACCGGUUGCGGUUCCUGAACUCCAUUCUGGAGAUCGCUGAAGAGGUUAGCGGCCUCUCCGUUGAGAUCCCGCAGAUUCCGGACCCUCUCCUGAAGCCCUGGCAGAUCCCUCACCCUAUCAUGGCGUCGCCGGACAUGUUCCUCCAUGGAAAUCAAGGCCUGUUUGCUUGACUGUUCGAUUAGGUUUUGUGUGUGUUAGGUUUGUUGAUGUUCCCUCGUGUGGUUGGUGAAUAAAGAAAGGGAACGGUGGUGUUAAUGAGUGAUAGUGUGUUGGUGUGCAUUUUGUUUUAGAUUUUUGUGUUAUGUGUAUGCAGUUCUGUUUUAUGUUUAAUGUAUUUAUCUGCUUUGUUAAAUUCUUAUAGUGGUUGCCGAUUAUGUCUUGCACUAUAUAUUACUUUUGGUUUA